AUGAACCUCAAAGAACAUGUAAGUGCAGCAUAGAGACAUCUAGUGGAGACAGGCAGAAGUACAGUAGACACUGUCCUCCAAUGCAUUACAUUUUAGUCAUUUAGCAGACGCUCUUAUCCAGAGCAACUUACAGUUAGUGAGUGCAUACAUGUUUUUUUUGUUGUUGUUUUUUUCAUACUGGUCCCCCGUGGGAAACGAACCCACAACCCUGGCGUUGCAUACACCAUGCUCUACCAACUGAGCUACACAGGACUAUUACAGUAGUAUAGAGGCACUGUAGGGAGAGUGGGUGUGUGAGGGCACAAUGAAACAUAAACACACUCCCAGUGAGAGUGAGUAAAGACCUGACCCAUAUAUUAUAUAUAUAUAUUUGUUAUAUAUUACACAUGCACGCACGCACAUUCAUAGACCUAUCGAGCGGCUUAAUUCACAGAAAAGCCUGUGUUUGGAGGGGAGGCCGGGCUAAACUUGUCUCGGGCAUCGGUUCACUGAUGAACUGUCAGAGGGAAACAUAUGUCUGGCCCGAUACAGUCACACAGGCAGAGGUAUGCUUUUGUAACAUCAGCAGGGACCCAAAGUAAAUUAUUUACACUAUUGACUGUGUGUUAGUGUUUCUAUGUGGUUGGGUCAGUGUGUGAUAGAAUUGGGGUCUUCAUUUACUGUGACAGUGUGUGUGGCUGUAUGUUCUGUGUGUAUGUGGGCAUGUGUCUUGGUGUGUGACAUUACAUGUAUCCGUGUGUGAGUUUGUUUGCACGUGCUUGCGUGUAUGUGUGUGUGCAUAUGUAUGUAUGACUGAGGAGGGUGUCUGGGUAUGCUGAUAUACAUUCUCAUUAACCCCAAUGGACACUAAUCUCCUUUGUGGCACUCUUUCAUCCUUACCUAGGAUUUAUAGCCCACUGAAUUAUGGGUAGUGCAUUGAUGUUGCCGUCUCCAUACAUCAAGGGAAACCCCAUCUAAACCCCAUCCAUUUCACCUGUGAGGAGACACUGACAGCAGUGACUCAUUACUCAUAGUCCUUGCCUGUCCCCUUCACACUAGUCAAUGCAGACAAGAUCAUAACCCAUUACAUUAUAGCACAGUCCAUCAUAUAGAUGGUGCAGGGGCCUGCUGGGUAGGCUGGAGCAGGGUUUCUCAAUCCAGGGCGUGCACAUUUCUGAUUCAACUAUUUCAAGUCUUGGCGAGUAGUUGAUCAGGUGUGUUAGUGCUGGGCUAGAACAAAAACAUGCAUCCCUGUUCCUCACAGCCCCACCCAGAGGCUCUGAUGUCCGAGUGAUCACUCGUUGAUUGGAUGUUAAUUAUGAUGUAGCCACAUGAUGGAGCUGAUAAUUUGUGUGAUAACGAGCUAGUCACUGAUCCCCCACCCCCUUGGGGGUCUGAGACACCCCUCUAGGGGGAAACCAGUCAUUUACCAGUCAGCCAUUUGUCUUUGACCUUCGUCUCAACCCCUAUGAAUCCAGGCAUCCAGUGGUUGUACUUUUCUUUCCCUACUCUCCCCUUUAGGAAUCCAGUCAGUAUUUGGUUAUAAGUUUCUAUCAUCUCUCUUGGAAAUCAUAUUUCACUAAUCUUGGAUUUUUGGGGGGAUCAUUAUUCUUGGAAAAAAACCAUAUGUUGACAUCACAUGAUCAUGCAAAACCUUUACCAUCGCAAAUGCCAAACAAUAAAGGCAACACAGGUACAUUUGGUUCUUCCAUUUCUGCUUGUAUCUGGAUGUUGUUGCUAUGCAUGUUAGCUGAGUUAGAGUUCCUUACAUUUAUUGCAAGUCUGCUGCAGUGGGAAGGACACUCUCCCCCUCUGCCUUGGAGGUGUGAAGUGUCUGUUUACAGGUCACACCUCUGAGCUCUCAUGGGACCCUUGACCCACCAUUCAUCCCCCUUGACCUUGCCCACCUUAGCCUUGAGCCAAUAAGAACUUUAGGCUGGGACUGAUAUCAGUCGGCCCAUCCCGGGGUCAGAAGUCAGUUUUCCAGUGAAAGGUGUAGGCUACUCUACCACAACUGGACAUUUCUAUCGUCUCUUUUCUGCUAAAGGAUUCUAAACUCUGAACCUCCCUGGUGUGAUGUAAAUGCGUCGAUGAUGAUAAACCAUUCAUUCAACUACACCAUAAAGCCGUGUGUGUCUGAGGCAAUAAAGUGUUAAACUUGAGUCUGUGUCCUGUUCAUCAUUGUGCCUCAAACCAGGUACACAGAGCAAUUACAUUUUAGUCAUUCAGCAGACACUCUUAUCCAGAGCAAUUAGGGUUAACUGCCUUGCUCAAGGGCACAUCAACAGAUUUUCACCUAGUCGGCUCGGGGAUUAGAACCAGCUACCUUUCGGUUACUGGCACAACGAUCUUAACCACUAAGCUACCUGCCGCCCCAAUCAUUCCUUAUCUAAUCCGGCACCUUCAUUUUUGGUGUCCAUUACCAGUUGGUGGCGCUGUUUUUCAAUGAGCAAUAUCUUUCAUAGCACACUACUCUGCUGUGAUAAAGCGUUUUGUUCCACUAUAGAGCAUGACCUCUAGUUGACACGUACCUGAAGACAGAGAAUGGGGAUUCCCACAGUGGAAUGUAAUAACAUGCGGUAACUAUGGUUACACAGUGUGUUAGUCUCUCCAGGAACCAGCAGCGAUACAAUAGCAUCUCAAAGAUUUCAGCCCUAUUCAUUGUUAUUUCAUACACACACACACACACACACACACACACACACACACACACACACGCAAUGCAGUCAAACCACGCACACACUGAACAACCAAAACACAUCCACUGAAUAAUGUAAUGAAAUAUGUAUCCUCACGACAAAAUAAACUUGAUCUGUGUUGAAGCCAUUCCCUCUCUUCACCCCCCCCCCCCUCUCUCCCUCUCUCUCUCUCUUUCUCUCUCUCUUUAGUCUCUGGGGGUUUCUUCUGGUCACAGUACAUUCUGCUUCCCCCCCUCUCUCUCUUGGUCUCAAUCUCUCUGUCUCUGAGGGUUUCUUCUGGUCAUGUGACGUGUUGCUGUUAGGAAUGAGAGUGUGUGAAAAGGCUUUGUGUUUGCUGCAAUCUAUCCGACUGUGACUCCAUCCAGCCGACUGGCGGCCUCCUAUCAGAGGGUGAUCUAAUACCAGGAUUACUCCUGGAUUAUCUGUGGCUCCCAUGGGAAAACAGAAGUUCUUAGAGUCCUGCACUGCCUCUCGAAUGUUGUCCAUUUGUAAUGGUGUCAGAAGUUGUCAUCUGGACCUUGAUGAGUGCUUCUGCACUGUGUGAGGCAAAAUGGUGCAUGAGCAUUUUCAAUGUUGGUUACACGGUUGCUUACAUAGAUUGUUAGGCUUUUGUGACGCUCUUGGUCGAGCAGAAGAAGGAUCGAGAGAGGAGAGAGAGAAGAGAGAGAAGGGGAGAGAGAGGAGACGGGAGGAGGAAGAGAGAGAGAGGGGGAGAGAGAGGGAGAAGAGAGGCGAAAGAGAGGAGAGAGGAGCGAAGAGAGCAGCGAGGAGCGAGCGAGAGAGAUCCGUAUCCUAUCUUAAGAUCGAGAUACUCGAUCUGCUUCAGGAGAGUAGCUCUUCUAUAUCUCUAUCGCUCUCUCUCGAUCUCUCUCUCUAGAUCGUAUCUCUCUCUCUCUCCUCUUCUCUCUCUCUCUUCUCUCUCUCUCUCUAUGUUAAUAAUAUAUAUAUUAUAUAUACACACACAACAACAAAAAGCCUCUCUAAUCCUGUACUGCAAGGGUUCAUUGUCUGACUCGGUGUAGAUUAGUGUGUGUGUGUGUAUGUCAGUCAGUAGUAGUAGUAGUAGCUUGCAAACGUAUUCACCCACCUUGGCAUUUUUCCUAUUUUGUUGCCUUACAACCUGGAAUUAAAAUGGAUUUUUGGGGGGUUUGUAUAAUUUCAUUUACACAACAUGCCUACCACUUUGAAGAUGCAAAAUAUUUUUUGGGGUGAAAGCGUGCAUAGCUAUUCACCCCCCCAAAGUCAAUACUUUGUAGAGCCACCUUUUGCAGCAAUUACAGCUGCAAGUCUCUUGGGGUAUGUCUCUAUAAGCUUGGCACAUCUAGCCACUGAGAUUUUUGCCCAUUCUUCAAGGCAAAACUGCUCCAGCUCCUUCAAGUUGGAUGGGUUCCGCUGGUGUACAGCAAUCUUUAAGUCAUACCACAGAUUCUCAGAUUAGAUUGAAGUCUGGGCUUUGACUAGGCCAUUCCAAGACAUUUAAAUGUUUCCCGUUAAACCACUCGAGUGUUGCUGUAGCAGUUAGAGUCAUUGUCCUGCUGGAAGGUGAACCUCCGUCCCAGUCUCAAAUCUCUGGAAGACUGAAACAGGUUUCCCUCAAGAAUUUCCCUGUAUUCAGCGCCAUCCAUCAUUCCUUGAAUUCUGACCAGUUUCCCAGUCCCUGCCGAUAAAAAACAUCCCCACAGCACGAUAAUGCCACAACAAUGCUUCACUGUGGGGAUGGUGUUCUCGGGGUGAUGAGAGGUGUUGGGUUUGCGCCAGACAUAGCGUUUUCCUUGAUGGCCAAAAAGCUCAUCUGACCAGAGUACCUUCUUCCUUAUGUUUGGGGAGUCUCCCACAUGCCUUUUUGCGAACACCAAACGUGAUUACUUAUUGUUUUCUUUAAGCAAUGGCUUUUUUCUGGCCACUCUUCUGUAAAGCCCAGCUCUGUGGAGUGUACGGCUUAAAGUGGUCCUUUGCAGCUCCUUCAGGGUUAUCUUUGGUCUCUUUCUUGCCUCUCUGAUUAAUGCCCUCCUUGCCUUGUCCGUGAGUUUUGGUGGGUGGCCCUCUCUUGGCAGGUUUGUUGUGGUGCCAUAUUAUUUCCAUUUUUUAAAAAUGGAUUUAAUGGUGCCCCGUGGGAUGUUCAAAGUUCGCUGCUUCAGUGUUAUGAGAUAUUUUUGUCAGAUGUUACUAUGGUAUACUGAAGUAUAAUUACAAGCAUUCCAUAAGUGUCAAAGGCUUUUAUUGACAAUUACAUUCAGUUUAUUCAAAGAGUCAAUAUUUGCAGUGUUGACCCUUCUUUUUCAAGACCUCUGCAAUCCGCUCUGGCAUGCUGUUAAUUAACUUCUGGGCCACAUCCUGACUGAUAGCAGCCCAUUCUUGCAUAAUCAAUGCUUGGAGUUUGUCAGAAUUUGUGGGUUUUUGUUUGUCCACCCGCCUCUUGAGGAUCGACCACAAGUUCUCAAUGGGAUUAAGGUCUGGGGAGUUUCCUGGCCAUGGGCCCAAAAUGUUGAUGUUUUGUUCCCAGAGCCACUUAGUUAUAACUUUUGCCUUAUGGCAAGGUGCUCCAUCAUGCUGGAAAAGGCAUUGGUCGUCACCAAACUGUUCUUGGAUGGUUGGGAGAAGUUGCUCUCAUUCUUUAUUCAUGGCUGUGUUCUUAGGCAAAAUUGUGAGUGAGCCCACUCCCUUGGCUGAGAAGCAACCCCACACAUGAAUGGUCUCAGGAUGCUUUACUGUUGGCAUGACACAGGACUGAUGGUAGCGCUCACCUUGUCUUCUCCGGACAAGGUGUUUUCCGGAUGCCCCAAACAAUCGGAAAGGGGAUUCAUCAGAGAAAAUGACUUUACCCCAGUCCUCAGCAGUCCAAUCCCUGUACCUUUUGCAGAAUAUCAGUCUGUCCCUGAUGUUUUUCCUGGAGAGAAGUGGCUUCUUGCUGCCCUUCUUGACACCAGGCCAUCCUCCAAAAGUCUUUGCCUCACUGUGCGUGCAGAUGCACUCACACCUACCUGCUGCCAUUCCUGAGCCAGCUUUGCACUGGUGGUGCUCCGAUCCCACAGCUGAAUCAACUUUAGGAGACGGUCCUGGCGCUUGCUGGACUUUCUUGGGCGCCCUGAUGCCUUCUUCACAACAAUUGAACCUCUCUCCUUGAAGUUCUUGAUGAUCCGAUAAAUGGUUGAUUUAGGUGCAAUCUUACUAGCAGCAAUAUCCUUGCCUGUGAAGCCCUUUUUGUGCAAAGCAAUGAUGACGGCACGUGUUUCCUUGCAGGUAACCAUGGUUAACAGAGGAAGAACAAUGAUUUCAAGCACCACCCUCCUUUUAAAGCUUCCAGUCUGUUAUUCUAACUCAAUCAGCAUGACAGAGUGUUCUCCAGCCUUGUCAUCGUCAACACUCUCACCUGUGUUAACGAGAGAAUCACUGACAUGAUGGCAGCUGGUCCUUUUGUGGCAGGGCUGAAAUGCAGUGGAAAUAUUUUUUGGGGAUUAAGUUCAUUUUCAUGGCAAAGAGGGACUUUGCAAUUAAUUGCAAUUCAUCUGAUCACUCUUCAUGCCAUUCUGGAGUAUAUGCUAAUUGCCAUCAUCAAAACUGAAGCAGCAGACUUUGUGAAAAUUAGUAUUUGUGUCAUUCUCAAAACAUUUGACCACGACUGUAUACUGAGAUCAUGUGACACUUAGAUUGCACACAGGUGGACUUUAUUUAACUAAUUUUGUGACUUCUGAAGGUAAUUGGUUGCACCAGAUCUUAUUUAGGGGCUUCAUAGCAAAGGGGGUGAAUAGAUUUGCACACACCACUUUUCCGUUAUUUAUUCUUUAGAAUGUUUUGAAACAAGUUAUGUUUUUCAUUUCACUUCACCAAUUUGGACUAUUUUGUGUAUGUCCAUUACAUGAAAUCCAAAUAAAAAUCCAUUUAAAUUACAGGUUGUAAUGCAUCAAAAUAGGAAAAACACCAAGGGAGAUGAAUACUUUUGCAAGGCACUGUAUGUGUCACAUGCUGUGUCUGACUGGGGUUUGGAAUGAGAACACUUUGUUUGGUGUUGGAGUGGUUGUUUAUGCUGAAAGAAGAUGGAAAACAGAAGGGAGAGAUGGAAAGUAAGAGAGCUCAGACUCAGUGAGCAUAGCUUUGCUAUUGAAAGAGGCCACCGUAGUCAGACCUGGCUCUCAAGAGAAGACAGGCUAUGUGCACACUGCCCACAAAAUGAGGUGGAAACUGAGCUGCAUUUCCUAACCUCCUGCCAAAUGUAUGACCAUAUUAGAGACACAUAUUUCCCUCAGAUUACACAGAAACACAAAUCCAAUUUUGAUAAACUCCCAUAUCUAUUGGGUGAAAUACCACAGUGUGCCAUCACAGCAGCAGGAUUUGUGAUCUGUUGCCACAAGAAAAGGGCAACCAGUGAAGAACAAACACCAUUGUAAAUAGAUCCUAUAUUUAUGUUUAUUUAUUUUCCCUUUUUGUAUUUUAACUAUUUGCACAUCGUUACAACACUGUAAAUAGCCUUAAUAUGACAUUUGAAAUGUCUCUAUUCCUUUGGAACUUUUGUGAGUGUAAUGUUUACUGUUCAUUUUGUAUUGUUUAUUUCACUUUAGUUUAUUAUCUAUUUCACUUGCUAUCUAUUUACCAUGUCUAUAAAGCCCUUUGAAUUGAAUUGAAUUGAGAGAGCGAGAGAGAGAGAGAGAGAGAGAGAGAGAGAGAGAAAGAGAGAGAGAGAGAGAGAGAGAGAGAGAGAGAGAGAGAGAGAGGAGAACACAAACACAUUUAAGCCGUUCUAUGUAGUCAUGAACUGUUAUGAAUGCUUUUAGCAUUCUAAUCAUGUACUAUAGAUGAUACAGUACUAAGCACUAUACACAGGUGACUUAUGAAAAGUGUCACCCACAGAUAUUCAACUGAGAACGAUCAGUGCCGCUAUAGCUGACUAGUAAAGCUGGCUGUUGUGUGAUAAACUAGGACGGCAGCAAUGGCGGUGGCAGAAGGCAUAUGCGACUGUGCGUUCAUGGAGAGUGUGUUCUGUUGGAGAGCUGCCUCGUCAGGGAGUGUGUAUGUGUGUGUUUGUGUAUGUAUGUGUGUGUGUAUGUGUUCUGGCACUAUGGAGCAGCAGUAGCAGGCAGGGCGGGAGAUCAGUGCUUGGUGCUGGCAGGAAUCGUCUGCUUAGGUCUGGCAGCAGGGAUCGGUGGGCUGGUGAAUAUCUUCAGCAAAGCACUGCUCCAUUGGGGGAGUUGUUGGCUUUUUCCUGUGUGUGUAUACUGCCUUUCCUCUUCCCUGAUGGUACUGGGCGGAUGGUAUGAUAAAUAUAGCUGCGUUGGUGUGUGGCUGUUUUCUCCUCGGCUUUAAUCAAAACCAAUCUGGAGGAGUAGAGAGGGGGAGAGAGUGAGAGAGAGGGGAAGGGAGUGGGAAAAUAUGGAACAUGCCAAGGUGUUUUAUUUUAGUUAUCUUUAAGGAGCCAUCAGGGACGCUUAUGGAAUAAUGAUAAACCUGGUGGCCAGAGUAAAGGGUCUCCCUCUCUCCCCUCGCUCUCCUUUCUCUUGUUGUCCCUUUUCCCUAUUUUCCUUCCGGCCUUUUCUCUCUACAUCCCCUCUUCUCUACACUCAGCUCAGAAAUAGGCAACAAUGUGUGUGUGUUCCUUUGCACCUUCAGGUUUAUGUUUUUACAUUUGACAUUUUAGUCAUUUAGCAGACGGUCUUAUCCUGAGGGACUUACAGUUAGUGCAUUCAUCUUAAGAUAGGUAGAUGGGACAACCACAUAUCUUAGUUAUAGUAAGUACAUUCUUCCUCAAUAAUGUAGUUAUCAGCAAAGUCAGAGCUGUGGUUUUGCUGUAAGAAUAUAAGCCAAACUGGUUAUUAGAAUAGAUGUCAUAUCUUUAUGCCAUAUUAUUAUUUUAAUCAUAAAAGCCCUCUUGUCCACACUGUUAUAUUGGCAGCAGUAUACUCCUUAGGGUGCAUGAUUCCCCCUUGUCUGUUCUAAGCCAUUGUUUUAUUGUGAUGCUGAACUUCACAGUUAGUCUGUCACUGUUCAAAUUGGCUCAGUGCUUAUCUUAAUUGCUUGUGAUAAUAAUAGCUACUCACAAUACACAAUAAUACUGUUCUCACGUCAUAUGCAAUACAAUAUGUACCAAAUAAGUUGGUAACCAACUAAAGAUGAAACAAUUUGUGCUUUAAGUAUGUAGAUUAUGUAGAUUAUCUUGACUUUAACAAACAAAUGCAGUGUGAAUAUAUUUCCUCCAGGGGAUGGGUGUGUGUGUAAUAACUGUGUUAUAAAUCCUCUUCCUCCAGGUGAUGUGGGUGUAAUAACUGUGUUAUAACCUCUUUAUCCAGGUGGCGUGUGUGUAAGAACUUUUAUAAUCUCUUCCUCCAGGUGGUAUGUGUGUGUGUGUGUGUAAUAACUGUGUUAUAGUCCCCUGUAGCUCAGUUGGUAGAGCAUGGCGCUUGCAAUGCCAGGAUUGUGGGUUCGUUUCCCACGGGGGGGCAGUAUGAAAAUGUAUGCAUUCACUAACUAACUGUAAGUCGCUCUGGAUAAGAGCGUCUGCUAAAUGACUAAAAUGUUAUAACCUCUUCCUUCAGGUGGUGUGUGUGAAAUAACAGUUAUAAUCUCUUCCUCCAGUUGAUGUGGGUGUGUAAUAACUCUUAUAACCUCUUCCUUCAGGUGAUGUGGGUGUGUAAUAACCGUAUAUAAUAACCAUAUAAUAACUCUAUAUAUCUCUGUUCCUCCAGGUGAUCAGGGUGUUUAAUAACUGUUGUAACAUCUUCCUUCAGUUGAUAGCUGUAUAAUAACCAUAUAAUAACUCUAUGUAUCUGUGUUCCUCCAGGUGAUGUGGGUGUGUAAUAAUUGCCGUAAGCAGCAGGAGAUCCUCACUAAGCCAGGGGAGUGGUUCUCAGGUCCAGGGAAGCCAGGUCUAGGCUCAGGCAUCAGUGACCCGGCCAUGUGUGGCCUGAACCCCGGUGACGAGAAGCUACGUUCCCGCUCCCAGGUCCCCCUGGGGCCCCACGACCCCAACUGCCCCAGUGUCCCAGGACUGGCACCAGGAAUGGACCUCCGCUCACGCAGCGAGCCGCCGUAAGCCCCGGCCACAAACACACAAAUGGUUAACCUGUAAACCUACUUAAACAUUACUCUAAACUGACAUACACCGCAUUAUUUCCAGGAGAAAGCCGGGUGAUCAGAACAGUAAAGGUCGAGGUGAGCAUCGGCCGGGUCAUCCCAGACUCCACACCCAGGUGUCUGUGGACCGUGACCAACGGGAGCGAGAGCGGAGGGAGGGCCGGCGGCUGAGUAAGGGCCGCUCUCUGGAACAUGACCCUGUGGGUGCGGGGGUCCCCCGAUGGACAGAAGAGGGCUACCACAUAGACACCAACGCCCCCCGACAUUUAGCACAGCCCCAGCCAGGGGAGCCACUGGGGGGCAGGCACCCUCUACAGCCCCAGGGGCGAGGCAGGGGGGUUGAGAUUGGGUUUGAGGGUGUUGGGGGCCAGCCCGAGGCUAUGCUGGGCCAGAGGACAGUGGUGGGGGGUAUUGGGGGCCAACAGGACCUUGGCCCUCCACAUCUCCAGCCCCCAGACCUCAGGGAAACCCCUGGGUCAGCCCCUGGCCCCGGACCAAGCCCCCUCCUGCGCCGGUCCAAACGGGAAAAGGCUGAGAGCAUGCUGCGAAAUGAUUCGCUCAGCUCGGACCAGUCAGAGUCUCUGCGGCCACCCCCGCCACGGCCCUACAAGUCAAAACGUGGCGGUGCCGGGAAGAGACAGACAUCAGUCAGCAGCUCAGAGGAAGAGGGAGGGACCACGCCAGAGUACAGCAGUUGUGAGGAUGCCGAGAUCGAGAGUGUUAGUGAGAGAGGUGAGAGAGGCUCCAGGGUAGAAGUUUCCCAUAGACACAGAUCUAGUUUCAGCGUACCCUCCCCAAAUCUUAACCAUAAAAAAUCAAGGAGAGACACAACACUGACUUCAGAUCAGCUUCUAGGGCCAGCUUUAUCCUACACUGUGAAAGAGCUUACCGAUACUGUAUGCAUCCCACACUGCAGUGAAAGAGGUAAGAGAGUGUGGUAACAUUGUGUGCUCCCUUGUUUUGAAGGCAUGCUGAGCACAAUUUUAAAUCAACGCUCACUCAUUGUGUGAGAAAGUGUGUGUGUGCUCACCGCCUUUUUAACACACUCAUACAUGGGAAGUGAUUGUAAAUAGUACCGACUAGCGAGAGCUGCUCAGUCUCUGUCUGCUUUCUUCAUUGUAACAAUCCAAACUUGAGGUUGCGUUCAACUUUAUUACAGGUAAAUAAUCAUAGGAUGUUCUUAUGAGAUUAUUAGAUGAGGAAUAGUGGUAUUUGUACGUCUUUGUACUGUAUAUAAUGUAAUAUAUUGUUAUUCUAUUUGAUCUCAGCUUGUUUUGUCGUGAGAAAACAUAUUUAGUUAAAUUAUUCAGUGGAUGUGUUUUGGUUGUUGAGUGUGUCUGUGUGUGACUGCAUUGUGUGUUUGUAUGUGUGUGCACUUGUGUGCGUGCGCUUGUUUGUGUAUGAUAUUCUGGCCAUGGCUUGGCCUGAGGGGAUAGAGUCCCAGGCGGGCAGGAUAGGUUGACCCUGCUCUGACCCAAUGUGACCCUGCGUGACAGAGCUAGGACACAGGCUGCAGCCCUGGAGCCAUGGGAACAAACACUAGGCUGGAUGCUUCUGUAACAUCGUCAUGUCUCAGCUAUGUUACUGCAAAUGCUAACCAUGUCCUAGCUCUUUACUUCAGGUCUUACCUUGUCAUAGCCAUGUACUUUAGUUUGAAGUGAACCAUGCCCAUGUACCUAACCAUGUCCUAGCUAUUUAUGUUAGCUCUAAUCAUGUUGUACAGUUCUAACUAUAGUCAGAGUCUGUUAUGUUUAGGCUAUAUACAUCUCACCUAGAUACAUCACAUUUGCUAGCAGAAGAAAGUAGGUACUACUGUAAACCCAGUACUGUUAAGAAUAGGCUUCAGUCCACUUUGAUUUAAUGCCAUUUGUUCCACAUGCCAACCUGGAUUGAAACCAGACAAAGCUCUCUAAUGACUAAUCGAUCAUAUGAGAGAGGAAGAGGAGAUUUGUCAAAACUAGUUUGAAUCAUACCAGUGCAGUAGCGAGCCAUUUUUCCUUUUUUAGCUCGGUCCAAGAUGGGUUGAGCACAGGAGGAGUGUUCAGGCAUUUAAAUAUUUCUCUGAGUGCGUGUGCAGUUGUACGAUGUACAGUUGAAGUCGGAAGAUUACAUACACUUAGGUUGGAGUCAUUAAAACUCGUUUUUCAAACACUCCACACAUUUCUUGUUAACAAACUAUUGUUUGGGCAAGUCGGUUAGGACAUCUACUUUGUGCAUGACACAAGUAAUUUUUCCAACAAUUGUUUACAGACAGAUUAUUUCACUUAUAAUUCACUGUAUCACAAUUCCAGUGGGUCAGAAGUUUACAUACACUAAGUUGACUGUCCCUUUAAACAGCUGGUAAAAUUCCAGAAAAUGAUGUCAUGGCUUUAGAAACUUCUGAUAGGCUAAUUGACAUCAUUUGAGUCAAUUGGAGGUGUACCUGUGGAUGUAUUUCAAGGCCUACCUUCAAACUCAGUGCCUCUUUGCUUGACAUCAUGGGAAAAUCAAAAGAAAUCAGCCAAGACCUCAGAAAAAAAUGGUAGACCUCCACAAGUCUGGUUCAUCCUUGGGAGCAAUUUCCAAAUGCCUGAAGGUACCACGUUCAUCUGUACAAACAAUAGUAUGCAAGUAUAAACACCAUGGGAUCACGCAGCCAUCAUACCGCUCAGGAAGGAGACGCGUUCUGUCUCCUAGAGAUGAACGUACUUUGGUGCGAAAAGUGCAAAUCAAUCCCAGAACAACAGCAAAUGACCCUGUGAAGAUUCUGGAGGAAACAGGUACAAAAGUAUCUAUAUCCACAGUAAAACAAGUCCUAUAUCGACAUAACCUGAAAGGCCGCUCAGCAAGGAGGAAGCCACUGCUCCAAAACCGCCAUUAAAAAAUCCAGACUACAGUUUGCAACUGCACAUGGGGACAAAGAUCGUACUUUUUGGAGAAAUGUCCUCUGGUCUGAUGAAACAAAAAUAGAACUGUUUGGCCACAAUGACCAUCGUUAUGUUUGUAGGAAAUAGGGGGUUGCUUGCAAGCCGAAGAACACCAUCCCAACCGUGAAGCACGGGGGUGGCAGCAUCAUGCUGUGGGAGUGCUUUGCUGCAGGAGGGACUGGUGCACUUCACAAAAUAGAUGGCAUCAUGAGGAAGUGGACAUCAGUCAGGAAGGAAGUUAAAGCAUGGUCGCAAAUGGGUCUUCCAAAUGGACAAUGACCCCAAGCAUACUUACAGAGUUGUGGCAAAAUGGCUUAAGGACAACAAAGUCAAGGUAUUGGAGUGGCCAUCACAAAGCCCUGACCUCAAUCCUAUAGAAAAUUUGUUGGCAGAACUGAAAAAGCGUGUGCGAGCAAGGAAGCCUACAAACCUGACUCAGUUACACCAACUCUGUCAGGAGGAAUGGGCCAAAAUCCACCCAACUUAUUGUGGGAAGCUUGUGGAAGGCUACCCGAAACGUUUGACCCAAGUUAAACAAUUUAAAGGCAAUGCUGCCAAAUACUAAUUGAGUGUAUGUAAACUUCUGACCCACUGGGAAUGUGAUGAAAGAAAUAAAAGCUGAAAUAAAUCAUUCUCUCUACUAUUAUUCUGACAUUUCACAUUCUUAAAAUAAAGUGGUGAUCCUAACUGACCUUAGACAGGGAAUAUUUACUAGGAUUAAAUGUCAGUAAUUUUGAAAAACUGAGUUUAAAUGUAUUUAGCUAUGGUGUAUGUAAACUUCCGACUUCAACUGUGCGUAAGGACAAUAGCAGUAAGGUUGUUAAUUGCUUUCCUUUAACUAGACUUCCUAGUGAAAGUUUGCUCAAUAACCAUGAAGAGCUCAACAAACAUGCAUCACAUGGAGACUUUCUUUCCUUCCCAAUCUCUAAGAGGAAUAUGGUGUCAAGCCCUGGGUGAUUCUGGUGAAGUGUCACGUCUCAAAACUAAAUAUUCAAUCAACUCUGCCCUGCUGUAAACAGAGCAGUUCUAACGAAUGUCCAGAUCUGGCUCAGUUGUGUAUAGUGGCAGCUGAGCUGGUAUGUGCUGUGUAUACACCUUCUCUAUCCAUGCUGCCACUACUGGCUCUGUCUUUCUGUGUGUAUGUGUGUAUGUCUCCUUCCAUCUACUUCUACUGGUUGAGUUGAUCUCUUUUCUCGUGUAGGGGACUGGGAGUGCUACCCACUGGACCCCACUGUGUGGCAUGUAAGUGACUGAUUCUCUUUUUGUAUCUAUUUGAGUGAGUGAGUGAGUGAGUGAGUGAGUGAGUGAGUGAGUGAGUGAGUGAGUGAGUGAGUGACUGAGUGAGUGAUUGAGUGAGUGAGUAUUUGUGUCUGUCUAUGUUUGUAAGUGUGUGUGAAUUUCUAUAUAGUGUGUGCUUGUCGAGAGAGAGAGAGAGAGAGAGAGAGAGAGAGCGAGAUGAGGAAGGAGAGAGAGAGAGAAGAGAAUAGAGGGAGAGAGAGAGAGAGAGAGAGAAGAGAUAGAGCUAGAGAGAGCGAUAGAGAGAGACUCGCUCUAUCAUCUCGCUUCUAUUCUAUACUAAGACGCUAAUAGAGAGGAGAUCUCAUCAGAGACUACAGACAUACAGACUACACAGACAACAGACACAGACUACACACAGACAGGCACGCACCGCCAGACAGAGAGACAGCAGACAGAGAGACUAGACAGAGAGACAGACAGACAGAGAGACAGAAAGAGAAAGAGUAGGUUAGGUAUAAUGUGAUUGCUCCCAGGCUGUUAGAUUGAAUCAGUGUAUUGUUCACAGCAUCCGGUGACAUGGCAGCCAUCCAAAGAGGGUGACCAUCUAAUCGGCCGAAUCACCCUGAGUAAGAGGAGCGUUAUGCCCAAAGAGGCCGGGGCACUGCUGGGGCUGAAGGUUAGAGCUCACACCAGACACAAUCACACUUUGGCUAGACUGUUUUGUGUGUGUGUGAGUAUCUGUGUGUAUGCAUGCAUGUGUGUACGUGUGUGUGUGUGUCUUAAGUUUGGCCAUUGUUUUACUUGACUCUGUGUGUGUGUGUUUGUGUGUAUGUACACAUGAAUGUCCUCAGGUGGUUGGGGGAAGGGUCACAGAGGCGGGCAGACUGGGAGCCUUCAUCACUGUAGUCAAGAAGGGCAGUCUGGCCGACAUCGUGGGACACCUACGAGCAGGUAUGCAAAGUGUGUGUGUGUGUGUGUGUGUGUGUGUGUGUGUGUGUGUGUGUGUGUGUGUGUGUGUGUGUGUGUGUGUGUGUGUGUGUGUAUGUAUGUGUGUGUACAUACAGUAUGUGUGUGUAAAUAUGUUUGUAUGUGUGUGUCGGUUUUGAAGAAUGACAUUGUGUAUUUUCAGGGGAUGAGGUUCUGCAGUGGAACAGCAAGAUGUUGCCAGGAGCAACCCAGAAAGAAGUUUACAAUAUCAUUCUCAAUUCCCAAGCAGAACCCCAAGUGGAACUAGUGGUGUCCCGGCCCAUUGUGUAAGUCAGGAAUAAGAGACUCUUACCUUUGAUUAAAAGACAGCGAACCCUGAUAGAUACACUAUGAUUAGGGUAGUGACUUUGUGAAACUUGGAUUCAAGUGUCUUCUGUGUCUAUCUAUCUGGUGAGAUAAUGGUUAGGUUAGCCCAUAGCCCAAUUUCAUUUCCCACCUUUCUCUCCAAAUUGUACAUGCAUGCACUUUCCCUCAUAGAUUUACAAGGAAUGGUCUGGUGUAAGGAAUAGGGUGCCCACUGGGCGCAGACGUCAGUUCAAUGUCUAGUUUUGAUUUACAUUUGGUUGAGUUGUCAACUAACGUGAAUUCAACAUUUAAAAAAAUCAUUGGAUUUAGGUUCAAAGUUGGGUGAAAAAAAUACUAAAUUCCCUUACGACUUUUUGCAAAUCCAAUCAGUUUUCCACGUUGAUUCAAAAACUGGUUGAUUCAACGUCACAUUUAUUUGGGUUGAAGUGAUGUGGAAACAACGUUGAUUCAACCAGUUUUUGCCCAGUGGGUGGAAACUCCAUUAGAACAUUCAAACAUCAAUGCGAUGCUUUUAAUUUCUUGAGGGCGAGUGAACGAGUUUACUCUGAGGAGACGGGGGUGAAACAGAAUUAGCCUCGUUUGAAUUGGGUGUCACUGUUCACUCACUCCAACCACAUACUGUACAUACAUUUGGUUUUCAUUUUGAACAGUUGUCUUUUUCUGACCUGACUUGUCUUGCUCCUUCGUAAAAACAUAUUUAUUUCCAAACACUUGCGAAGGGUGUAUAAAGCCUAUCAGUAAGUACAGCUACAGUAUUAGGACCCCCUCUCCUUCCACCCGAAAUUACACAAGCACUCCCGUCCUCCCCCACCCUGUGACCAAAGAGCUGACGAAUGCCUAAAUGAGUAGACCGCAAUAAGGGAUUAUUGGUUGUAAAAAAAAUUAUAUGUUGAUCGUACUCUUUCUAUAUUGAUCGUACUCUUUCUAUAUUGAUCGUACUCUUUCUAUAUUGAUCCUACUCUUCCCUCCUGUUUUUAUCUACCAAUAUGUUGCAAUAGACAAGACGACGCUAAACAAUGUUCUUUGUGUACUUGUGUUAUCCUGUCCUAUCAGAUGUUAGUGUGACUUUGACUGAUAUGUCUCUGAUUGAUUCCAGUGAUAUCCCAAGAAUUCCAGACACGUCCCACCCUCCACUAGAAUCUAGUAGGUAUUUCCUCUGCUCUCUCUCUAUCUCUCUCUCUCUCUCUCUCUCUCUCUCUCUCUCUCUCUCUCUCUCUCUCUCUCUCUCUCUCUCUCUGUCUGUCUGUCUGUCUGUCUGUCUGUCUGUCUCUCUCUCUCUCUCUCUUUGCUUUUCCUCUCUGUUUCUCAGUCUACUAUCUCUCUCUUUCUUUUUGACCCUAGUUGUUAGGGGUUUAACUGGGUGAGAUGUGUCUUGUCUUAUUUCUGCCCUCACAGCAGGUUCCAGUUCAUUCGAGUCCCAGAAGAUGGAGCAGCCAUCUAUAUCAGUCAUGUCCCCCACCAGUCCCAGUACACUAAGAGACAACCCACAGCUAAUGCCUGGACAGCUCACAGUGAGUACACACCAACAGACGUGUGUGUGUGUACGCACUCAAACAUGGGAUAAUAAUGCAUUUGGAUAUGGUGUGUAUGUGAUAGUAAUCUGGCUCAUAGUGAUCAUUUCCAUUGUGUGUGUGUUUGUGUGUGUUUUCAGGUACUGCCCGGACAACUUUCAGUAAGUCAAUACCAAAUGAUUGUCAUGUCAUGUAUCAUGAGUGCAGACAUUUGGGGUUGUCUUGUAUUUGUAUGUAGUCUGUAGCCUACAUCAUACCAUUUAAGAUGGGAUGUUGGCUCCCAGUGAUCAUGUUUGGUUGUGUCGAUGUGUGUCCAUGUGCAGGUGAAGCUGUGGUAUGAUAAGGUGGGACACCAGCUAAUAGUGAACGUGGUCCAGGCCACAGAGCUGCCUACACGGCCGGAUGGGCGACCCAGAAACCCCUACGUCAAAAUGUACUUCCUGCCGGACCGCAGGUACGUUAACAUAGUAUAUCACUGACAGACUACCACAAAGAAUGAUCUGUAAACAGGAAGAAACAAACAAAUAUAACUUCUCUCUGUGUGUUUGUGUGUGUGUGUGUGUGUGUGUGUGUGUGUAUAUAUGUGUGUUUGUGUGUGUAUGUGUGUGCAUGCGCAGUGAUAAGAGCAAGCGGAGGACUAAGACAGUGAAGAAGAGCGGAGAGCCCAUGUGGAACCAGACAUUUGUGUACUCCCACGUCCACCGCAGAGACUUCCGCCAACACAUGCUAGAGCUGACUGUGUGGGACCAGCCUCGCCUACCUGAUGAGGAUAGCAUGUUCAUGGGCGAGGUACACACAGAAGUUGAUUAAUUGCUUUCUUUGGCCUCGUGUUUGACUGAUUGUGCUUGCUAAUAUUGGUUAUGUUUAGAUCCUGAUAGAGCUCGAGACAGCCCCGUUGGAUGAUAAGCCUCAUUGGUACAAUCUGCAGACCCACGACGUGUCAUCCAUCCCUCUGCCCCGGCCAUCCCCCUACAUGCCCCGCAGACACACCCACCCCAACACACCCAGCAAGAAGCUUCAGCGUAAGUCUCAGACGGGUAUAUGUGCGAUGUGUGUUCACAAUAUAUUUGUUUGUAUUGUACAGAUGUAGGAUCUGAAUUUCAUCACACUUUUGUUGCUGAGAAUUUUCUUGCACUGCAGGAAAUGCAGAUGAGCUUUGUGAUUUACAUAAAUUAACUGAAAACCAAACUAACACACGGUUAUAUUAACAGUAUUUCUGGCCAGCUAAUAGCCUAACUACCGAUCAAGGUACAUUAUGGACAAAAUGUUCAAAUCCUGUUUCUGCAGGAUUAUUUUGCUGUGAAAAAAUAUGUCAAAUUAAGAUCCUACAUACAGUACCAGUCAAAGGUUUGGACACACCUACUCAUUCAAGGGUUUUUCUUUAUUUUUAUUAUUUUCUACAUUGUAGAAUAAUAGUGAAGACAUGAAAACUAUGAAAUAACACAUAUGGAAUCAUGUAGUGACCAAAAAAGUGUUAACAAAGGGUAGCCACCCUUUGCCUUGAUGACAGCUUUGCACACUCUUGGUAUUCUCUCAACCAGCAACAUGAGGUAGUCACCUGGAAUGCAUUUCAAUUAACAGGUGUGCCUUGUUAAAAGUGAAUUUGUGGAAUUUCCAAUCAGUUGUGUUGUGACAAGGUAGGUGUGGUAUACAGAAGAUAGCCCUAUUUGGUAAAAGACCAAGUCCAUAUUAUGGCAAGAACAGCUCAAAUAAGCAAAGAGAAACGACAGUCCAUCAUUACUUUAAGACAUGAAGGUCAGUCAAUCCGGAAAAUGUCAAGAACUUUGAAAGUUUCUUCAAGUGCAGUCGUAAAAACCAUCAAGCGCUAUGAUGAAACUGGCUCUCAUGAGGACCGCCACAGGAAAGGAAGACCCAGAGUUACCUCUGCUGCAGAGUUAACUGCACCUCAGAUUGCAGCCCAAAUAAAUGCUUCACAGACUUCAAGUAACAGACACAUCUCAACAUCAACUGUUCAGAGGAGACUGCGUGAAUCAGGCCUUCAUGGUCGAAUUGCUGCAAAGAAACCACUACAAAAGGACACCAAUAAGAAGAAGAGACUUGCUUGGGCCAAGAAACACGAGCAAUGGACAUUAGAGCGGUGGAAAUCUGUCCUUUGGUCUGAUGAGUCCAAAUUUGAGAUUUAUGUGAGGCACAGAGUAGGUGAACAGAUAAUCUCCGCAUGUGUGGUUCCCACUGUGAAGCAUUGAGGAGGAGGUGUGAUGGUGUGGGGGUGCUUUGCUGGUGACACUGUCCAUGAUUUAUUUAGAAUUCAAGGCCCACUUAUCCAGCAUGGCUACCACAGCAUUCUGCAGCGAUAUGCCAUUCCAUCAAUUGUUUUUCAACAGGACAAUGACCCAAAACACACCUCCAGGCUGUGUAAGGGCUAUUUGACCAAAAAGGAGAGUGUUGGAGUGCUGCAUCAGAUGACCUGGCCUCCACAAUCACCCGACCUCAACCCAAUUGAGAUGGUUUGGGAUGAGUUGGACCGCAGAGUGAAGGAAAAGCAGCCAACAAGUGCUCAGCAUAUGUGGGAACUCCUUCAAGACUGUUGGAAAAGCAUUCCUCAUGAAGCUGGUUGAGAGAAUGCCAAGAGUGUGCGAAGCGGUCAUCAAGGCAAAGGGUGGCUACCUUGAAUAAUCUAAAAUCUAAAAUAUAUUUUGAUUUGUUUAACACUUUUUUGGUUACUACAUGAUUCCAUAGGUGUGUCCAAACUUUUGACUGGAACUGUAUAUAAAUGUGGUUUGUGCUUGUGUGUGUAUGUGUGUGUCUGUAUGUCUGUCGGCAUGCAUGUCUAUAUCAAUGUGGUCUGUUUACCGCAUUCCUUCUGUAUGUGCCUGUGUGUAUUUAUGUGACAUCCACCAUUGUGCAGGUUCUCAGCUCGUUAUAGAGCCUAAGUAUGAUCAAAUCAAAUCAUCAAAUCAAAUAUAUUUGUCACAUGCUUCGUAAACAAUAGGUGUAGAGUAACAGUGAAAUGCUUACUUACGGGCCUUUCCCAACAAUGCAGAGAGAAAUAAAACAGUAAUAAUAAAAAAGAAUAACACAAGGAAUAAAUUCACAAUGAGUAAUGGUAACUUGGCUAUAUACACAGGGUACCAGUACCGAGUCGAUAUGCAGGGGUACGAGGUAAUUGAGGUAGAUAUGAAACAUAUAGGUAGGGAUAAAAUGACUAGGCAACAGGAUAGAUAAUACAGUAGCAACAUAGUAUGUGAUGAGUCAAAAGAGUUAGUGCAAAAAAGCUCAAUACAGAUUGUCCGGGUAGCUAUUGGUUAAUUAUUUAACUAACUAUUUUGCCGUCUUAUGGCUUGGGGGUCGAAGCUGUUCAGGGUGCUGUUGGUUUCAGACUUGGUGCGUUGGUACCGCUUGCCAUGCGGUAACCGAGAGAACAGUCUAUGACUUGGGUGGCUGGAGUCUGACAAUUUUUGGGGCCUUCCUCUGGCACCGCCUGGUAUAAAGGUCCUGUAUGGCAGGGAGCUUGGCCCCAGUGAUGUCCUGGGCCGUACGCACUACCCUCUGUAGCGCCUUGCGGUCGGAUGCCAAGCAGUUACCAAACCAAGCGGUGAUGCAGGCAGUCAAGAUGCUCUCAAUGGUGCAGCUGUAUAACUUUUUGAGGAUCUGAGGGCCCAUGCCGAAUCUUUUCAGCCUCCUGAGGGGGAAGAGGCAUUGUCGUACCUUCUUCGUGACUGUGUUGGUGUGUGUGGACGGUCCAUGGUAAUUCCUUAGUGAUGUGGACACUGAGGAACUUGAAGCUCUCGACCCUGCUCCACUACAGCCCCGUCAAUGUGGAUGGGGCCGUGCUCGCCCUCUGUUUCCUGUAGUCCAUGAUCAGCUCCUUUGUCUUGCUGAUGUUGAGGGAGAGGUUGUUGUCCUGGUACCACACUGCCAGGUCACUGACCUCCUCCCUAUAGGCUGUCUCAUAGUGAUCAGGCCAACCACCGUUGUGUCGUCAGCAAACUUAAUGAUGGUGUUGGAGUCACGGGUGAACAGGGAGUACAGGAGGGGACUAAGCACACACCCCUGAGGGGCCCCUGUGUUGAGGGUCAACAUGUCGUAUGUUUUGCUGCCUACCCUCACAACCUGGGGGCGGCCUGUCAGGAAGUCCAGGAUCCAGUUGCAGAAGGAGGUGUUCAGUCCCAGGGUCCUGAGCUUAGUGAAGAGCUUGGAGGGCACUAUGGUGUUGAACACUGAGCUAUUGUCAAUGAACAGCGUUCUCACGUAGGUGUUCCUCUUGUCCUGGUGGGAUAGGGCAGUGUGGAGUGCAAUAGAGAUUACAUCAUCUGUGGAUCUGUUGGGUCAAGGGUGUAUUUGAUGAAGAUGUUGAUGUGAGCCAUGACCAGCCUUUCAAAGCACUUCAUGGCUAAAGAUAUGAGUGCUACAGGACGAUAGUCAUUUAGACAGGUUACCUUGGCAUUCUUGGGCACAGGGACUAUGGUGGUCUGCUUGAAACAUGUAGGUAUUACGGACUUGGUCAGGGAGAGGUUGAAAAUGUCAGUGAAGACACUUGCCAGCUGGUCAGCGCAUGCUUUGAGUACAAAUCCUGGUAAUCUGUCUGGCCCCGUGGCCUUUUGAAUGUUAACCUGUUUAAAGGGCUUACUCAUAUCGGCUACGGAGAGUGAGAUCACAAAGUCGUCCAGAACAGCUGGUGCUCUCAUGCAUCGUUCAGUGUUGCUUGCUUUGAAACGAGCAUAGAAUAAAUGUAGCUAUUCUGGUAUGCUCACAUCACUGGGCAUCUCGCGGCUUGGAUUCCCUUUAUUAUCUGUGAGUUUGCAAGCCCUGCCACAUCCGACGAGCGUCAGAGCCGGCAUAGUAGGAUUCGAUCUUAGUCCUGUAUUGACGUUUUGACUGUUUGAUGGCUCAUCAGAGGUCGUAGCGGGAUUUCUUAUAAGCGUCCGGAUUAGUGUCCCUUGAAAGCACAGCUCUAGCCUUUAGCUCAGUGCGGAUGUUGCCUGUAAUCCAUGGCUUCUGGUUGGGAUAUAUAUGUACGGUCACUUUGGGGACGACGUCAUUGAUUCACUCCUCAAUGUGGUAAACUCCUCAAUGUUUUUGGAUGAAUCCCGGAACAUAUUCAGUCUGUGCUAGCAAAAAAAACAGCCCUGUAGCUUAGCAUCCGCUUCAUCGGACAACUUCCUUAUUGAGCGUGUCAAUAGUACUUCCUGUUUGAAUUUUUGCUUAUAAACAGGAAUCAGGAGGAUAGAGUUAUGGUCAGAUUUGCCAAAUGGAGGGCGAGGGAGAGCUUUGUAUGUGUUUCUGUGCAUGGCGUAAAGGUGAUCUAGAGAUUCGCCUCUAGUUGCACAGGUGAAAUGCUAGUAAAAAUUAGGUAAGACGGAUUUCAGUUGCCCUGCAUUAAUUAAAAUCACCGGCCACUAGGAGCGCCACCUCUGGAUGUGCAUUUUCUUGUUUGCUUAUGGCCCUAUACAGGUUGUUGAGUGUGGUCUUAGUGCCAGCAACGGUUUGUGAUGGUAAAUAGACAGCUACGAAAAAUAUAGAUGAAAAUUAUCUUGGUAAAUACUGUAGUAUGGUCUGCAGCUUAUCUAGGUAUUCUAAGUCAGGCGAGCAAAACUUUGAGACUUCCUUAACAUUAGAGAUCACACACCAGCUUUUGUUGUCUUUAUGAUGCAUAAAAAAACAGCUAGAUGUUUAUUAUGUCCUUGUUCAGCCACGACUUCAAGAAACAUAGGAUAGUACAGUCUCGAACGGAGCUUGUCCAGUUUGUUCUCUAGUGAUUGUGUGUUUGCCAAUGGAACCGAGGGUAGAGGCAAUUUAAUUAGGGAUCCCGGGGAUUAGGGCCUGGUCCGGAAUGAGCAGUAAAUCCACAGCUGCCGACUCGUUGAAGUAGAAAUCUUCAUCCCAAUCGAGGUUAGUGAUCACUGUUCUGAUGUCCAGAAUCUGUUUUCGGUCAUAGGAAAUUAUGUCAGCAAUAUUUUGUACCAAAACGUUAAGAUCAAAGUUUUUUUUUAAAACACACAAAAUAGCAGAAUUGGUCAGCAGCUCGUAAGACGGCAGCUAUCCACUGCAGCACCAUCUUCGAGUUGUGUCUAAAGGUGCGUGGGGGCAUGGGAAUGCUGUCUUACUAAGAGAGACAUUCCAUCGGCAUUCUACAACUAAAAUGUGGUUCUGUUGUGGUCAGAACACUGGACCUCAUAAACCUUCACUGCUCUAUUUGUGUGUGUGUGUGUGUGUGUGUGUGUGUGUGUGUGUGUGUGUGUGUGUGUGUGUGUGUGUGUGUGUGUGUGUGUGUGUGUGUGUGUGUGUGUGUGUGUGUGUGUGUGUGUGUGUGUGUGUGUGUGUGUGUGUGUGUGUGUGUGUGUGUGUGUGUGUGUGUGUGUGUGUGGGUGGGUGUGCAUGCGUGCGAGUGUGCAUGCGUGUGGGGGCGUAUGUGUGUGUUUGAAAGAGAGAGAGAGGAAAAAGAGAGAGUGAGAGAGGAAGAGAGAAAGAAGUUGAUACAGCCACUAACCUCUCAUUAUUUUUCUUGGUAAAAAAAGAAAUUGUAGAUUAAAGGCACCCACUGUCAGCUUUAAUGAAUUAUUCCUCUAGAAAUGACAAAAAACUCACAUUGACCUUCAGAAAAUAGUUAAUUGCAGUGUGAUUGCAGUGUGAUUUUUCACUGUUUCUACAUCAGGCAGUUCAUUAUGUUUUUAUAUAAACUGAACAUUCAAAGCUCACAGCAGGAGGUUGUUUGGUAAAGCAGGAACAGUCGGUAUCCUUGGGUUCAACUGGCAUGAGUAGUUUGUAUUAGUAUUGUCAUACUAGAGCUGAAGGAUACAAAUGUGCCAGCUUGGGGCAAUAUAGUAUGUCGUAUGUAUGUUUGCUUUUAUGAACACUGCUUCUCUUUCCCUGCGGGUGUCUGUGUAGCGGCCGAAAGAGGCUCACGGGAGAGAGAGAGGCAGCAGAGGGAUCCCCACGCCACCACUCUGGAGGUGCCGGAGCAGCAGAGGACACCCCAGCAUCGCUCUCGAUCUGUCUCCCCUCACAGAGAGGAACAGGGCAGGGGCCGAUCACGACCCACCAACGUCCCCACCCAGAGGUGAGGGAGAGGAAAGGAGAGGGGGAGAAGGGGUGUUGAUGAAGAGAGAGGGGGAGGAGAGAACUUCAGGGACAUGUUUGUGUUUCGGCCUUUGUGACCCAGAACAAGUAGUGCUGCCAAUAAUUCUCUUACUGUCACUGCCAACACAGCCAGCACAUACAGUGUUACCACAGCUAAAAGCCUUGUUCUCUCUUUCUCCCCACCCCCCACCCCUUCUCUCUUUCACACUCUCUCUCAUCUUUCUCACGCCUCCUCUGUGUCAGGAGUUUGGAUGAUGAGGUCCACCAUAGUAGGAGGUCUAGUUCUCCCACCCGCUACUACGACUCUGCCAGAGGACACUACCAGGAGCAGGACUAUGUAGAUGACAGGUGUGUGUGGGUGUGUGUGGGUGUGUGUGUGUGUGUGUGUGUAUGUGUGUGUGUGUGUGUGUGUGUGUGUGUGUGUGUGUGUGUGUGUGUGUGUGUGUGUGUGUGUGUGUGUGUGCGUGUGUGCGUGUGUGCGUGCGUGCGUGCGUGCGUGCAAUCGGGUGGCCCUGGAUUAUUUGUCCCUGUCGUGUUUUCCAGUUCGAAAAGUACCUUUAGUUGUAUUUCUUCCUUUUUCUUCUGCUCUCUUCCUUUCUGUGAUUCAGCACAAUGAAUAGUCGGGAUUAUGUUUGGAUAUGGCUGCUCACUUGUUGGUUUGGUCUCAGUUGUUUGUUGAUUCAGACUCUCAGAACAAUGAAGUUAUAGCCAUGAGACAAAAGUUUAUUAAGAGUUAUAAGGCGUCGUAGCAUCUCUUGCUGUCAUGUUUGUACCUGUCGGAGUAGGUAGAAGUUGCCAAUAACCACUGAUACAUGGUCAGAUUUGUUCAUCCCCUGUAAUGGUUAGGGUUAGGAAAUGGGAUAGAGUCAUCUGAUCCUAGAUCUGUGGUUAGGGGCAACUUCUACCUGUCCCAUUGUUCUCCGCUGGCUCAGCUUUGUAUCUAUGUUCUUUCCCUGUCCUCCGGCUUCCAUUGUUUAUUUCCUCAUGUGUAAUCCAUCCCCAUGGUAACCACAGUGAGGUCAUCUUGAUCCACCAAUCAAAUCGGGGCAAAAGUGCAGAGUGCCUACACACUAAAAGGUAAACAGGAGUCAGGACAUUUAUUAUUAUUAGGUAUGAUCAUAAUCCUCAUUCUCACCAUCCUUAUAAACCUUUAUCUGAAGCACAUCAUGGUUGAGGUUGGUUCUCUUUUUCUUUUAGCCUUUUCUAUACGUUGAUUUUGGAGCCGCAUAUAGAUGUGUAGAGUUCUUCGAUGACUUCACUCUUGAUCUGCUAUAUGCAUCUUAUUCUGUCAUAAUGUAUGUGAGAGAGUAAUGGACAUGCAGUGUGUCCAUCCUAUCCCAUGUGACAGUGACACAACACACAUCCUCUGUAGCUCAAUUGGUAGAGCAUGGCGCUUGUAAUGCCAGGGUAGUGGGUUCGAUCCCCGGGACCACCCAUACGUAAAAAUGAAUGCGCACAUGACUGUAAGUUGUUUUGGAUAAAAGCGACUGCUAAAUGGCAUAUAAUUAUUAUAUUAUUAACACUGGGACUGUUCACUACUGACCGCACAUAGCCUCUGCUGAUCCUGGCCAAUGCCUGAGGGGCAGCUAGUUAUUCAGAGUUAGCGUCAUGUAGCUAUAGUGAUCCAUUCAUGGUUGUAAUAAUGUCCCUCAAACAUUAGAGGGCACUUUUUGACGCUAGUUCAGUGCAUUGCUAGAUCCAUUAUAUUGGACAAAAGUGCAAUACUGUCUAAGUGAGCCCACCCACAGAGGUAGGUGGCAAAGCCUGGCUGGUACAUGGCUGGUACAUGGGCUGGAAGAGACUGGCAAAGGCUGGCAUACAUGCUUCCACGCAUCUGGCAUGCUGCUCUCCUGUCUUUCUUUAGCAGUAGUUUGGGAAUUCUAUUUCCAUUAUUUUAAUCCAUCUUCCUCCUUCCCCGUUUUCUAUCUCUGUCUCCUGCAUGCACACACACGUCACACCACUCACCUCAGGAGCUCUUCUAGACACAGUAACACACUUUCCACUAAGAUGCCCCUCUUAGUCAACGGCAUCCACAAGGACAUUUACAGGUACGUGGAAGAAGAGAGAGGCUGUGUUGGAAAGUUGCUCCCCUCCAAACUUUGUACCCCCGCCUCUCCCCACCGUACACACACAAUUAUCUUGUAAGUUAGUGUUGUUGUGGUAUGUUAUACAUUUGUAGUUUUAUGUUCAGGAGGUAAUAUCACUUGAGUUGACUUCAUAUAGCUACAUCAUAUGCACCAGACCAAUGUUGCAGUACAGAUACUGUAUCCUGGUCUUACUGAUCUUGGUCUUACUGAUAUCCUUGGAUGAAUUCCAUCAAUUCACAUGGAGCAGGUAUUGAAAGUAGUCCAAUUUGCACUUCAGAAACAGUUGUUGUUAUCUUGCCCAUGGGAGUAUUGUCCACAGUUGUAGGCUACCACACACAUCAUUACCUGCUCUUGGCCUCUGUUUGUUUUAUGUUAAGUAGAUUUUUGUUGCCUUUUUAUUGCAUGCUUUCAUUUUGAUUUUUUUGUCUUGAGUGAAGUUCCACGCUGCCUGCAUGUCUAAAGACUAGCUCAAUGGUGCGCUCCAGUGUUGUCACAGCAACGCACCGCUCUUUCACACAACGAGUUCUCAGGUUUACAGACGAGAUCACCAUUAGGUAAGACACACACAGACACACACACACACACACACAGACACACACACACAGACCUUUAGCCCUCCAUGACCUCCUCAUACCAUGGUCAAGGACUCUUCUGAGAACCGGGGAACAGGUCUCCCUGACAACCUGACUACCUCACUAUCUGACAACAUAUUGCAUUGCCGUGAUUGUAAUCAAUCACCUAAUCACUCAAAACCAGGUUCAGACUAGCAUGUCCUUUAUGAUUUGGGUAUCUAACAUUUCUUUCUUUUCCAUUUUUCUCUUCUUUUUUCUGCAUCUCCUCCUGUCCUGUUUUCUCCUCUCCUGCAUUGGAUGGCAUGUUAUUGGGCUAGUGAUCUACAGCCUUCUCUGGACAGGGUUAAGACUUGGAGCGCUAGCACCAACUGUCUGAACCCAGAAAGGAACCACAGUGUUCCUUCACCAGAGCCCCAAAGGUACCAGCCCACUGACCUGUACCCUGCACCCCACCUUCUACACUUUACCACCUAUUUUAGUGUGUGUGUGUGUGUGUGUGUGUGUGUGUGUGUGUGUGUGUGUGUGUGUGUGUGUGUGUGUGUGUGUGUGUGUGUGUGUGUGUGUGUGUGUGUGUGUGUGUGUGUGUGUGCAAAAGCUCUUAUGGCUUGUGCAAAAGUAAUGGUAUAGUGCAGUGUCUGAAAGAAUCCAUUCUCUUUGUAGAGUCUCAUGGAGUGAGUGUUUGUACAUAGCUACUUUGUAAGAUGCAAUAAAGGGAGGGUCCCUUUUUUGUGGUAACAGCCUUAAACUGAGACUCAGAGCUAUGAUAGACCCAUGAACUUGAUAAAGCCCCUAUGAGCUAUGAGAGUGCAGGUGAUCCAUAAUGCAUGUGUUUCUCUGUGUGUACACCGGGGGCGCUGUGGGUUUUAGCUGUUCCCAGUCUCUGCCCCGCAGACGCCCCGGCAGCCCCAGGAUUCUAAUCCAACACGCCUCCCCAGAAGACGACAGGUACCCCCUUCCCAUCCGGCCCCAUCCCCCCUGUUAGCAGCUGGCCCCAACUCUAACCCCCACACCUGUACUAAACCCCAAUGCACACUAAUAGCUAGCUAACCUCUAACCAUAAACAUAUCCCAAUCAAUAAUUUUGCUCUAUGGUACUAUAUUUCAGACUAUUUAGAAUCACUGUGACUUGUUGUUUUGAUUCUAGAAUUUAACAGUCUGUAGGUGUUCUAAAAUGUUGUAGCCUGUAGUUUGUGUUCUACAAUCCAGUUUGUGUUCUAGCAUUCUGCCGUGUAAACUUUGUGUUCUAAAAUCCUUGCAGCCUCUAUCUUCUCGUGAAGAAUGGCUGUGCUGUUUUGCUUUGUAGUUGUAGUCUAUGAAACUGAGGGAUUUCAGAAGCUUUUGUCUGUCUAUUGCAUGCCAACUGAGCUUUUAUCAUUAUCACUAAUGUCUGUCUUUCAUAUUCAUAACAAAAUACACAUAAUUCAGGAUUCAAAGUUGAGUUUAUAUCUAUGUAAGUCAUAAGUGGUGUGUGUGUGUCUCUGUGUAUGUGUGUCUGUGUUUCUUAUCAUGCCAUCUCAUCACCCUCAUGUUUGUGGUGUGUAUGAAGCAGAUGGAUGAUGGAGCAUCUAGUUCCUAGACAAGAGACAGUAAACCACCUCAGUGCAAAGAAGAGGUACACACACACACACACACACACACAGUACUUGUUCAAUGAAUGCAUGAGUGUGUGAUGCUUCUUCGUAAUCAUUGUUCCAUAUUCAAUUUUUGUGUAUUGACAACACAGAGACAGCUACAUCAAAUCUAUAUCUCAACUGGCUUGUCUUCUGUAGAGCAUAAGGCUAUUAGAUUCAUUACGAAUAGAGAAUCAGACUUCUCUCACUUACCCCAGCUGUUUACCCCUCUACCAUACUCCAUUAAUUUAUUCAUCCAUCCAUCCGAUUCUUUCUGUUUUCCACUCAUCCCCCAAUUUCCCAGGCAAACUCGGACCCUGGACUCAUCCACCUGUCACACUCUGGGCAAGAAGCUCCCUGACAGAGACAGGUAAGGUGGCCAACCAUAACAUAUACCCAGAGUUUUUUGUUUCAACAUCAUCACCUCCGGCCCAAUCCUCAAACUUUCAUAAAAUCUCCCAUUCACAUCAGUACAGGAUUAAAGUGAAAGUUUGAGUCGAGCAUGUGAAUCUCACUGUGAGUUUCAUCCUGCCAUCAUAGUCUGUCCCCUCACAUGAGUUCCCAGAGUAGGAUGAAGUUCCCCUUAGACAUGAUCUAACAUCAGUUUUCCCCCAUAAUAAUUGAGGUUGGGAUUUGUUUGUGGGUAAAUUGAUCCUAGAUCUGUACCCAUGGGUGACUUUUACCUAGAGGGGGGGGGGUCUACCUCCUUUCUGUUCACUAGUUCAUCCACAGUACCACUAUUUAGACUUUGAUUUGGGAAUUAACUGUUACUUUUAAGUCACCUACACCUGUACUGUACUGGGCUGCAGUGUUUAGCAUCAGGGGUUGGAACCAAAAAAAAUUCUCCAAUCGUUUAGUUCAGAACAUUUUUUUUUUCUUUUUCGUUCCGUUCCACUGUUCCGACCAGCAAAAUAAAGUCCUGAACCGGUUCGAACAAAAAAAAAGUAACAAUUUAUUUAGUUCCUUUCUGUUCCUUUUUAAACCUCUGAAAUAUUUAUAUAUUUUGUACAUUUAGCUCAAAAUUAAAUUACUUCACCAAUGGAUAGAGCAGCUUGCUAUGGAGCGGGCAAGAUAUGUACAUGCAUUGGACAGACAAAUGUAGCGUAGGGUGUUACAUGUGACUGAAAUUUUGCGGGUCAGGAUAAUGCUGGGCAUGAAGCGCUGGGCAUCUUCUUUUUAUGACAUGCAUUAUCUGAAUUAGGCUCACAGAUUUAUACCUACGGAGGAGCGGCUUCUAUGAAGGAACUUUAAAUGUCUUUGAACUUCAAAGAGUUGGCUUAACUAAUGUUGGCCCAGAGCUAGCCCUUGAUCAUGACUCUCAGUUCCAUUACAUUACACUUAAUGGCGUCUAGAGUUUUCAAAAGCUAGACCAGAGCUAGCUAACAAGCUAGCUAGAUAACAAGCUUGUGUGUGCAGAGCGGCACCAGUUAUUCAAAUAAAAACAUGUCUUUUAGUUAAUAUAUCCAAUGUGAAACGUGAUAACUAUAGUAUCCUUAACUACCAUUGAAAAAGUGAAUCUAUUGUUCUGUAAUUAAAAAUCUCUCUCCCUAAUUUCUGAAUCACGCCUUUAACGCCAGUAGCUACAGUAGACUAUGCAUGCUUCGGAGGGAGGGGCAGGUAGCCUAAACUCGUACAGGCAAAGAUUUUCAGCUGGCAGGCAGGCAGACACUGGAAUAAGUUUAUGAGUGACAAUGAAGGCUUUGCAUAGGUCCUUUGUUGCGUCUUUUGAGGGACUGGAAAAAAAAUCACGGAACGUAAAAUAACGUUAUUAACCGGUUCCCAUGCUUUUAAAAUAACGGUUCUAUUCCGGAACAGUAUAGAUCACUUUUGUUGUUCUUUUCUGGUUUUCGGUUCUCUUCCCUGAACCAGUUCCAACCCCUGGUUAGCAUGGUGAUGCUAACAUUAGCAUGAUAGUAUUGGUUAGGAUUCAUUUAUAUGUUUUCACAUGGAGGCAAGUUGAGCUUGCGUUUGCAAUGGACAGUUCAGGACCAAUGUGUGAUCGUCCCUAAUAUGGGAUCUGGUAGUUUGACCUGCACAUUUCAGAUUUCUUUUUCUGAGAUGUCUCUCACACUGUCUAGACUGAUUUCAACAUGUUUGACAACGUUUUUAUUUGUAUUUUUUUAUAUAUAUUUUCCUUUCAUUUUAUUUCCUUUUUCCAUGCUGCUUUGCGCUGUGCGACGUUGUGCACACGGUGUGUAUGGUGUGUGUGUGGGGGGCCCCCAGAAUAAAGCCCACCUCCAUCCUGAAGGCAUCCCGAGGACGGCCCCCUCCCCUGCGGCCGCUCGGUAAGGGGAACCUCCGGGGGUUGGCCCCGGGCUCACCCCAAACAAACAGGUGCUGACCUCUGACCCCUCACCUCUGACCCCCUGGAGGAGUGGUCUGAGAGAGCUGCUACCUUCCUCCUCUGUGAUCCCACUGCCUUUAAUGCAGACACACGAUUUAUUUGACAUUGUACCCCAGCCCUGGGCCAGUGUGUGGUGGGUUGUGGUGGAUUGUGUGUGUAAGUGUAUGUGUUGUGUGUGUUAUACAACGAGUGGGCCUAAUCCUGAAUGCUUGGUGUCUAUUCCACAAGUUACCACCUGCUAAAUCUAUGACAUUAAAAUGCCUAUUUACUCUGUUCCAUCCGACUGCGCAAUCCAGUCUCAUCAGCCCAGCCAUGCAAUUUAUAAACUUUCCACUAUAAAAUGCAUCUAGACAUUAUCUCACAUUUCUUUUAGACUAACAUUUAGUUUUCUACAGCUGAGAUUUGUAUAAACCUUGCUGUCUGUCUCUCCCACAUUUGCAACAUUGUUUCAAUAUUCAAAGGGUAACUCCAGCUGUCGUAUAGUAAUGAACGAGUCGGGAGUCAGGUCGAGACAGACAGGCAGGCAGCUUUUCUCAGCCAGUCGAAAUCAUGAAUCAGCAUCAUUUUUAUGGAUAUAUACAAAUAAAUAUAAAUUGAAAACAGGUAAAAACAAAACGAAGUGCAGAUAGUUUGCAGUCUUUCCAGCUUCAGUUUGAAGUGAUUGUGUUAGCUGUGUUGUUGGCUAGCUCCUCUGAACAACAGUGUCCUGAUGAGAGAGCACAUUUUCUAUGCCAGGUGAAAUCGCGCCUCAUUAGCUCAUUGUUAUGGAUGUAUCCAAAUAAAUGUCACUUGAAAAUAGCUUAAACAAAUGCAAAUGCAGCUGCUUUGUUGUCCUGGCUGCACUGUUUGACGUGACUGUAAGUUAGCUGUAGUUGACUAGCUAGCAAGCAAGGGAUAAGAACAUUGCCAGCCAGUAUGGUAAUAGAACAUAUAGAACGAAUGACUGGGUCGCGUCCAUAGAUACAGAACAAAAAGACUGAACGAUUGGGUCGCGUCUCUGGCAACCGAACCGAUAGAACGAACGACCAGCCGGCGUGGGUAGCAACCCUAGAUUUGUGUCGGGACUAUAUCAUGUGGAAGGAUGAAAUAGUAUGAAUAAAUUCAUCAAAAUAAAGUUUUUAAUGAAAAUAUGUAAAUAAUUAUUUGAAUAUGUUGGUAACCCGUUAUAUAAAAGUGAUAAUGCCCUUGAAGCCGGUGUUUGGAGGAUAUAUUGGCACGGUUUGCUGGCCUCGACGAACAACACCUGUGCCAAUAUAUCCUCCAAACACCGGCUUCUCGGGCAUUAUCACUUAAAUGCUCACUAAUGCUAAUUGUCUAUGUUUUUCACGGUCUCAAUGUAUCUAGCUCUUUUUGCUACAGGACCUCACACCAGCCACAAUGGAAUGAGCUGCAUAUUGAGUGUAGUACACUUCCCCUCACUGUGUUACCAAGCUUUACUCGUGUUUACUUCUUAGUUCGUACUGUGAGCUCCAAAAGUAUUUGGACAGUGACAAAUGUUUUGUUGUUUUGGCUCUGUACUCCAGCACUUUGGAUUUGAAAUGAGACAAUGACUAUGAGGUUAAAGUGCACUGUCAGCUUCAAUUUGAGGGUAUUUUCAUCCAUUUCGGGUGAACCGUUUAGAAAUCACAGCACUUUUUGUACAUAGUCCCCCAUUUUAGGGGACCAAAAGUAUUGGGAGAAAUUCACUUAUAUGUGUAUUAAAGUAGUAAAAAGUUAAGUAUUUGGUCCCAUAUUCAUAGUAUGCAAUAACUACAUCAAGCUUGUGACUUGCUUCCAUUUGCUGUUUAUUUUGGUUGCGUUUCAGUUUAUUUUGUGCCCAAUAGAAAUUAAUGGUAAAUAAUGUAUUGUGUCAUUUGUAUUGUAUUGUAAAUAAGAAUAUAAUAUAUUUCUAAACACUUCUACAUUAAUGUGGAUGCGACCAUGAUUAUGGAUAAUCCUGAAUGAAUCGUGAAUAAUGAGUGAGAAAGUUACAGACGCACAAAUAUCAUACCCUCAAGACAUGCUAGCCCCCCCUGUUAUUGUAAUGUUGAGAGGUUAGCAUGUCUUGGGGGUAUGAUAUUUGUGCGUCUGUAACUUUCUCACUCAUUAUUCAUGAUUCAUUCAGGAUUAUCCGUAAUCCAUAAUCUUGGAGUCACAAGCUUGAUGUAGUCAUUGUGUACUAUGAAUAUGGGACCAAAUACUUAACUUUUUACUACUUGAAUACACAUAUAAGUGAAUUUGUCCCAAUACUUUUGGUCCCCUAAAAUGUGGGGACUAUGCACAAAAAGUGCUGUAAUUUCUAAACGGUUCACCCGAUAUGGAUUAAAAUACCCUCAAAUUAAAGCUGACAGUGCACUUUAACCUCAUAGUCAUUGUAUCAUUUCAUAUCCAAAGUGCUGGAGUACAGAGCCGAGAAAGAAAAAUAUAUAGGUCACUGUCCCAAUACUUUUGGAGCUCACUGUAUGUGUAAAAACUCUGUGUCCAACAGUGAAACUAAUAGUUGGUGUUGCAGGAUUUCCAUGAAGAGAUACAUCCCCUUGUUGUAUCUCUCUCUCAUUCUCUCAUCCUCUCUCUUUCCAUCUCUCUCUCUCAGGAUCCCCCUCCAAGGUGGUGCGUCUCUGUCCUCCUCCGUGACGUCCUCGUCAGCAGCUCGCAGGGUCAGACACCUCCCACAGGUCCCCGACAAGAGUAGCAGCCCCGUAGAGCAAGGUGUGUGUGGCUUUCUAGACUUGAUUUUGUCUGUAAACCUGAAUGAGUGAGAGAUAUGUGUGUGUGCUUAUUUUUGCUCAUUCCUCCCUGUGUGUGUGUGUGUGUGUGUGUAUGUGUGUGUGUGUGUGUGUGUGUGUGUGUGUGUGUGUGUCUAGCUCUAGCAGCAGAGGAGCGUGUUCGUCAGCUCCAGAUGAAGGUGCAGCAGAGGGACUCCUACAGGAGUUCUGCUGCUCCCUCCACUUCCAGCAGGGACCUGGAGAGGGCGCUUAAGAGCAAACGCGAGGUCAGUCACCUUUCACUAGAGGUCAGCCACUAACCCUAACCCUCUGUCUGUCUCCCUUUCCAUCUCUCUCUGUCCCUCUCUCUCUCGCUCCCCAUAUCUCUGUCCUUCCCUCCAUCUCUCUCUGUCCCUCUCUCUCUCACUCCCCAUAUCUCUGUCCCUCUCUCUCUCUCGCUCCCUGUAUCUCUGUCCCUCUCACCAUCUCUCUCUAUCCCUCUCUCUCUCUCUCUCUCUCGCUCCCCAUGUCUCUGUCCUUCUCUCUCUCUCUCUCUCGCUCCCCAUAUCCCUGUCCCUCCUUCCAUCUCUCUCUCACCCCUCACUUGUCUAUCCCCCCUCUCAAUUCAAAACAAUUCAAUUAAGUUUAUUGGCAUUAAUAAAUACAUGUGUAUAUAUCGUCUCAUCCUAUCUCUAGCUGUAUAAGGACCAGAGGAGAACCAGCUGUGAGAACGUAUCCCGCAAGUCUUCAGACAGUGAUGUCAGUGACGUGUCAGCCAUCUCUCGCACCAGCAGUGCCUCCCGCAUCAGUAGUACCAGCUACAUGUCCAUCCAGUCAGAGAGACCCCGGGGACGCUUCAAGUAAAUAGAACCACACACACACGCAAACACACACACACACAAACACACACUCCUGUGUGUUGCAGUAAUGUCUGCAACAUAUAUUUGUCUGUAUGUGUGUGUAGCAAUGCGAUCCAUGCGUCAGGCCGCAGCAUGUUGAAGAGCACCAGCGUGAGCGGUGAGAUCUAUGGCAUUGAGCGCACGGACGGCAGCCAAUCAGAUACAGCAUUGGGCGGGGGCAAGAAGCGACGCUCCAGCCUCAGCCAACGCGUGGUGGCCAUCGUGGGCCUGCCCUCCAGACGCAGCUGCAGCACCUCACAGCUCACCUCCCAGAAAGGUAACACAGACAGACCAUACAAACAAGACUCUCCCAUACACAAGCCCUGGAUCCAGCACCCAUCUGACCACCUGUUGGUAUUGUUCAUGCAUUGUUGUGUGUUUGCUGUGUGUGUGCAAUAAGAAGCAGUGGGGGUGGAUACUAAGAAGAAGGGCAAGAAAAAGAACAAAAUCCAGAUCCAGAGGAGUACAGAGGUGGGUAUGGCUGUAGAUUACCCCCGCUCUGCCAUGAACCGCCAGACCAGCAGAGACUCCACCAACGGCAGCAUGAACAGCUACAGCUCUGAGGGGAAGUCAGUAUCUCUAGCCUCACUCUGUCUCUUUGACUAUAGUGGUAGUGUCAUUCUCAAUGCUUAUCCAUUGUAACGUUAUUCAGUAGUCUAACCCCAGUAUGUGUGUGUCUGUCUGUGUGUGUGUGUGUGUGUGUGUGUGUGUGUGUGUAUUCCAGUCUAAUCUUCUCGGGGAUGAGGCUGGGGGCUGACAGUCAGUUCAGUGACUUCCUGGAUGGCCUUGGCCCGGCCCAACUGGUGGGCCGGCAAACAUUAGCCACACCUGCCAUGGGUGAGUGACACAAAGGACUUGUGUAACCUGACAUAAGAUACUACAUACAGUAUGAUACAUUCAUUGAACUGGAUAAGAUAUACUGUGUGUGUUUUACAGGAGAUGUUCAAAUCGGAAUGAUGGAUAAAAAAGGCCAGCUGGAGGUAGAGGUGAUCAGGGCACGUGGCCUUAACCCCAAACCAGGGUCCAAAUCACUCCCAGGUACCACAUACACCCACCCACCCACCCACCCACCCACAUACAGAUAAGUGUGUUUGUUCUCCAUUCCCUCAUUCCUUUCUCCCCCCCCCUCUCUCUCGCUGCAGCUCCCUAUGUCAAGGUGUACCUGUUGGACAACGGAGCCUGUAAAGCCAAAAAGAAAACCAAGAUUGCACGUAAAACCCUGGAGCCACUUUAUCAGCAGGCCCUGCUGUUUGAGGAGAGCCCACAGGGGAAGGUCCUCCAGGUAAUAACACCGGGGAGCUGUACUGUGUGUUAUGUGUUUGUUUGUGUUUGUGCGUGUGCGUGCAUGCUUCCUUGGCCUAACAUAUCUCUCUCCCCUUCCACAGGUAAUAGUCUGGGGCGACUACGGGCGACUGGACCACAAAUGCUUCAUGGGAGUUGCACAGAUCCUAUUGGAGGAGCUGGAUCUCUCUAGCACAGUGAUUGGCUGGUACAAACUGUUUCCCCCGUCCUCAUUGGUGGACCCUACAUUAGCCUCGCUCACGCGGCGGGCGUCCCAGACAUCCCUGGACAGCUCAGGACCAGCUAGUAUGCGCUCUUAG